AUGUCUAAUAAACCUGCUCUUGAAUCACGCAACAAUUCAUCUCGAACCCCGCUCAUUGUGCUCGGCGUCAUAGGCGGAACCCUCAUCUUCCUGGCAAUGAGUGGCACUCUACUAUACCUCUUCUCCCGCAAGGAGCGGGCCAGACGACGGAAUGCGCUUGCACAAGAGGUCGAGGCCUUCUCUCCCCUGCAACCACCGCCAGCAUACAAAGUGGACGACCUGAGAGCGCCUCGAGGUCCCCACUCUGCCCAACCCCGGCCGCUCUCAUCUUUCGCGCCGGACUUUAGUCGACACGACCAGUUCCCGCGGGCUUCAUACGAACAGCCCCCGCCAUAUCCAACAUACGACCCCUCCAGAUACCAACCAAAUCACCCGCUAUCAAACGAGCUAAAUGCACAUCCCCAUCCCCACGCCUAUACCUAUCCCAACCAACCCAUCCCAGUCCCCGCGGGUCAGGGUCAGGGUCCAGGUCCAUCUUCCCGCUUGAGCGCGGUGCAUUACCAUGACGCCAGACAAUCCCUGUCCCUAUCGCGGCCGCUGUCAGUGGUAGGCCAGGUGCCUCCGGGCCCCGGAGUUGGUCCGGUGCCUGCAGCAGUGCCCAGACCGAGGCGCCAGACGGGUAUGCCUCCACCUCCUGAACGGCCAAGACAGGAGGGCCGCGAACGGAGCGUGUCUGAGCCAACGCUACUCCAACCUGCAGGGCCAAGACGACCUAAGCCUGUCCUGUCGCGGCUGAUCACCAAUUUCCGUUGA